GCCAGCCAUUCAAACUUAACUCAACAAAGUUGUGAUUGGUAAUAGAUUCUCAAGUUAAAGGCACAUUGUUUGUCGGGAGUAUUUACGACCUACUCUCAGAUCAACGGAUUUUGGGGAAUGGAUACGUUAUCCGAAAGUGACUUCAAUUUAUCCGAAUCACUGAAAUCUUAUCCAACGUUUGCUUCUAUGGGGUUAAAAGAAAACCUUUUAAAGGGGAUUUAUGCCUACGGAUUUGAAAAACCCUCUCUUAUUCAACAGAAAACUAUCAAACAAAUAACUUUAGGGAGAGAUUUAAUUGCACAAGCUCAAAGUGGGACUGGAAAAACUGCAACAUUUAGCAUAGGAACUUUGCAAAACGUUCUCCCCGAGAUCUGUCAAAUUCAAGUGCUAGUCUUGGCACCCACACGCGAAUUGGCUUUCCAAAUACAUCAUGUUAUGUCAUCAUUGUCUGAUUACUUGUCUAUCAGAUGUGUCUCCUGUUGUGGUGGGCGAAACAAUACUAUGCAAAUGGCUCGCGAACUUGAUAAGGGAGUGCAUGUUGUCGUUGGUACUCCAGGUCGAAUAUUGGAGCUUCUUCGACAAGGUAACAUACGUUUAAAUAAACUACGUUCUUUGGUUUUGGAUGAAGCUGAUGAAAUGUUAAAUAGAGGAUUACACGAUCAGUUAGAGGAGAUAUAUCGCCGCCUCCCAUCUCAUACUAAUUCGAAUAACAAAAAGUCUCUCAGUUGUCAAAUUGUUAUCAUCUCAGCUACAAUGCUUAAAGAGCAUUUAGAAUUGUUUCAAAAUUUCACAUCUAAUCCUGUUUGUGUUCUUGUACCGAGAGACGAACUUAGUCUUUCUGAUCUUCAACAAUUCUACAUCGAUGUUGGCUCAGAGGAAUGGAAAUUCGAAGCGUUAAAUGAUUUAUUUUCCAGUGUUUGUGUUUCACAAACUGUUGUCUUUGUUAAUACUCGACGAAAAGUUGAGUGGCUUGCAAGUCAGUUGAAACGAGAAGGUUUUACAGUGGCUGCUGCUCACGGUGAUCUUGAUCAAAGCCAACGAGAGUCAGUUAUGAAACAAUUUCGUUCUGGCGAAUGUCGUAUUUUAAUCAGUAGUGAUAUGUGGGCUAGAGGUAUUGAUGUUCAGACAGUGGGAUUAGUUGUGAAUUUUGAUUUGCCAAUGAAUACCAGUGAAUACUUGCAUCGUAUAGGUCGUUCUGGGCGUUUUGGACGUACUGGUUUGGCUGUUAGUUUUAUUGCCAAUGCUGAGGAACGUAAACAGCUUUUAGAAAUUUGCAAUUAUUAUCAAAUUGCUAUUCCACCAGCACCAGCUCGUUUGGAUAAAAUGUUAGUCAUUAAUAAUUCUGUACACAGUUCACCCAAAAUAGCAAAUUCACCAUGUAAAUCUGAUACAAACAACGGCCAACCUGUAAAACACCAUCAACUUGCGAAACAUUUAAAACGUAAGAAAAAACAACACAAGAGGAAAAAAAGACUUGAAAAUUGCAAAAUAAAAUAAACUUUGUACAUCUGUUUCUAUAAAUUUAAUGCAUAUGCUUUUUAGUGUUUUGAAGAUCAAAGGUGUUAUGUCUAAUCUGUAGUUGCUUUCAUGAAGGUUGUUAAUAACAGUUCAAGUCCAGUCUUUCCUAGUAAAAAUGACAGUAAACAGUAUCUGUAUAUUUCAAACCACCAAUAAUUUCGACCAAAUAGACAUACAGUCACCUUAUAUGCAGGUGAUAAUUUCAAUAUUAUCGACACUACUUCAUAAUUAAAAUAUCGAGUCUGAAUAUAUAUAAAUAUUUUAUUCGUAUGUUUUAACCCCGUACAAAAAUUCUAAAACAUUUGUCUAUUGAUUAUAAACUUGGUCGUGUUUAAUUUACUCUAAAUCAUCCUUUUCCACUACUAUUUUAUCAUUACCUUCGCUAAUGUACUCGAGGUCAAUCAAUCCUAUAGCUAUCAUUUCCUAAGGUUUACGGUUUUAUAAUAUUGUUCAGUGUCAUGCUUAAGAUUGGUGGGCACCCAGUGAUCGGUCAACAUCAGUAUUUCAGUCCUACAGGAGGUCAUUCUCUGCUGGUACUUGUGAAUGGUGGCAUCCCAGACUGAAGCUUGGUGACGUGAACUCAAAUCACAUGAUAAGUACCAGUCCCCUUAUGAGUUCCUACUAAAACCUAAUGUAGGUCCACGGUUUCCUGCUGACUCCGAAGGAAUAUGUAACACCAGAUACCCUAGUUACAGUAUCUCAGUAAUAUUGUCAAAUAUUUCCUAUAAAAUUUUGAUGACUCCAAUUCGUUGCGCCUUAGUAUGUAUCUCCUCGGCAGUGCUCAUCUACGACUGUUACUGGGGACCGAACCCGAAAGCUUCGGUCUCGUAUAUGGACAUUCAACCUCUAAGCCACCAAACUGGGAUCCAGUGAUGUACACGUCUAACCUCAAUCGAUCCGCGAUAUUGCACGACCACCUUCUAUUGUCUUCGAUGAGUAGCCCACUUUUGGCACAGUUGGACUCCAUUGGUCACGGCUUCUCAAUAGAACUGUAGAAUGUUCCUUUUGUUGGGGCCGGUAUAUCCCCAAAAUUCAUAUUUGUAAUUUUAUCAUAUCGAUCAAAUAUUUGAAUGGCAGUCAGUUGAUGAACUUAUCGAUUAAAUUUUUAAAUAGCAGACAAUUGAUGACUCAUUGAUUAUUGUUUAAAAAUUUCCUAUGACAAAAUCGAUAUAUAUUUGUAUAAAUACGCUUGACUUGUAUGCUUGAUCUGAUCUGCCUGACCUGGCUUGGUAUCUGCUGUUGCUUGUAGAAUACACUUUCUACGCCUUACCAAGACUUCUUGAUCGAGUUAGCUGAGUCGAAGACAACGGACCAGAAUAGUUUAUUGAGUCUCUGAAUCCUGAGCCUUCGUUCCGUUCCGAAUAAGUCGAAUCAGU